CCGCCCGUGGCGCUACACACUGCGUUACCGUUGCAUACCUCUUACUUGUCGCUCCCUUUUCGGAUUUCCUACAAAUUACCAUACUUUGAUCGACCGACGGCGCCAGCAAUCCCUACCAACAGUGCUUCCUAACGGUGUACCCGGACACUUGUACUGAGAGCCGUCCGACUGCGUACCGUCGCCAAUGACCCCGGGUCGCCAGAUGUAGUGUAAAUCAGCUUCAGACUUGUCGUGUUGCCCGGUAUUCAGUCGUCAGGACCGGUCAUUCCCUGGUUACCGGCAGUCCCCAAAUCGGCCAAAUUACCUCUGACUCUCUGAGGUAGGAGUUCCAGACCCGGGCCCUGUUCCAGUGGGCCUCCUUUUGCUCUUUGACCUCCCGUCAUCGCUUACCGUGGGGAUCGCCGUGGAGAUUUGGGGAAAAGGUCCCAACCCCAAAGGGUGGACGACAACAACAAGCGAGGUGUACACAUCCUGGAAAAGGAAUGCCACGCCCGUCCAAAAGAGCAGGCAUUCACUGGUCGGCAGUCACAUCUCAUUCCCCAAUGGCCGUGAAUGGAAUCGCUGUACAAAGUCCUCAUUUCAUCGGCCGCUCUGGGGUUAGCGGCGCAAUGUCCAACACCCCCCGUUCAUUGGUCGCAAAAGAGGUGUUCCUGGCAUGAACCCGUUACAAUGGGACAUCACCCACCGAUGCCACCUCAAGCCCAGCAGCCCACUCAGUGCCGAGAUGAGGCGCCCAGGGACCCCAAAGCGGUAGACUCGCUGAUUGGUCACACCCCCUGAGUCUAUCGCGACCUGCAGGUAGCUUGUCUUCCCCUUCCACACAGCUUUCUGUUGCUGGCCCGCCCCGGGGGAGAUACCUUGAGUGAAAAACGCCAGGACAUGGGGCACGACAUGGACUACGACAUGCUCGGCUCCUCGUCAACCCAUCCCAAUCCCAUCCCAUUCUCCCCGUCUGGGGUUUAAGCCCGGCCUUCCCCCACCCCUCGUGCACCGAACCCCGGGACAAGCCUUCUCUUCUCUCUUUCUGUCGCCCUCUCCAUCUUUCUUCCCUCCACAGACCUUGGUUGGAGCCUCACACUCGUUGACCUCGGCCCUUCCGAAGCUCGACACGCCUCGGCUUCUGAUGUCCGUCAAAUCUUCUCACGAUCGUUCCGACCCGACCUAUCACGAUUUUAUGUCCUAUGAACACCGGCUUGAAUUUUGAAUAGAGAAAGUGCCAGGGCUGGAUAUCAGUUGAACGACAGCCGACUUUGUAUCAGAGUUCAUAUCCUGACGUGCUGGGCUCCACGACCAUUGGAUAUUGAAGACACAACCAACCCCUACCGCCAACAUGAAGCUCUCCACAUUCCAGACCGCCCUUGGCGCGGCCUCAUUAUUUCUCAGUGCUCAACCUGUCUCUGCCGGUCAUGGGGGUCAUCGCCAUCUCCAUGAACGUCCCACGAGGAGACACAGUCGUGUUGAGGACACCAUUGAGAGCUUUGAGAUGCCUCAGCUGCAAAAGAGAAAAACCCAAUGCUCAUUGCCCGACCACCCGGAUCUUGUAUAUGUCCCGGGAGGCAUGAACAAUGGUUUCGCCAUGAGCCCCGAUGAGCCAUGCGAAGACGGAAAGUGGUGCCCGUAUGCGUGCGUUCCUGGAAAGGUUAUGGCACAGUGGGAACCAAACUCGACCUACGUCUAUCCCCAGUCAAUGAACGGCGGUUUGUAUUGCAACAAAGGAACGCCUGAGAAGGCCUUCGACGACAAGCCAUACUGCGUGGAUGGAACCGGCGCCGUUCAGGUAGUUAACAAGGCUGGAAAGGUUGUGUCCUUUUGCCAAACUGUCUUGCCUGGUAAUGAGGCCAUGAUUAUUCCCACCGACAUCCAGGGCCAGUCCAAGAUCGCUGUGCCUGGACCCUCUUAUUGGGACUCAACCGCUGCGCAUUACUAUAUCAACGCGCCUGGCGUCUCUUCUGCCGAGGGUUGCAUUUGGGGCAGCCCAGGCAAGCCCAUCGGAAACUGGAGUCCCUAUGUUGCUGGAGCAAACACCGUUUCCGCGGGCGAGACAUAUCUGAAGAUUGCCUGGAAUCCCAUUUACAUGGACUGCGAUUGGAAGAAAACGAAGCCUAGCUUUGGUGUCAAGAUUGAGUGUCCCGCUGGAGGUUGCAAUGGUUUGCCGUGCUCCAUCGAUCCCUCCAAGCAUGGUGUUGGAGGCUUGGAAAGCCCAGUUUCCACCAAGGGUGUCGGCGGUGCUCAGUUCUGCGUUGUCACUGUCCCCAAAGGGCAGACUGCCAACAUUGUGGUGUUCAACAUCGAUGGUUCCAGCGAUGAUGAGCCCAAGACCUCGACCACCAGAAAGCCUGACCCUCCCAAGACUACCUCAACUAAGGAGGCGCCCCCGCCGCCCAAGACCACCAGCACCAUGGAGACACCCACUACCACAUCAACUCCUCCUCCUCCUCCCACCACUUCUUCUUCUUCGGUUCGCAUAUCAUCAGCUCCAGUAUCCUCUGUAGCCAGCGCGGAAGAGUCUUCUGUUUUGUCCUCUGAGACACCGUCUGCCUCGAAGCCCGCGCUUUGGGGUGGUGUCUUCAAGGAGACUGGCACCGAUUCCACGCCUACCAGCGAAGCCUCCGAGACAACGGAAGCACCAGUACUCACGGAAACCGAAAAGCCCGCACCUGUCUCAACCACAUCGAAGAAGAACGACGGUGCAGCUCAAGAAGGUGGCGCUGCCAUUGCAGGUUUGGUUGUCGCCAUUGUCGCAGCUGCAACUCUUCUUUAAACUGCUGUCUCCACGCGGUUUUCAAAGCUUGGUCCCUGGUGUUUGUCAGGAGGCUGAUUUUUGCUUUCUUUGUAUACGACGUUGAAAUAUCCUCUUCACCAUAUUUCGCGGCCGAUACACGAGGUACAUCCGGUCGAAUUGUACCUGACCUUUACUUCUUUUCUUCGGUUUUCGGAAAACGGCGACGAAUAGCAAUGACCUGACAUGAUAUACUUCUCCAAAACGACCACAUCCGCCCAGUCAGCAAGAACUCGUCAAAACCCGGAAGCCGAAAAAAGAAACCCACAUACUUCUUUAAAAACACACCCCAUACAUACGCUCAGUACCUACACUAGUGUCUAUUGUUAUUUCUGCAGCCCCAUUGGCGUGCUAAAGGCUGCUGCCAUCUUGCGCCUUUCUUCCCUGCACCAGUUGUUCUUGCUGCUGCAAGCGACAUAUUUUAUCAUUCGACGACUUAAUUUCGGUCUUGAUGUUUGUUACGAGGAUAUCUUUUUUUCUGUUCGGCGAUAUACCCCCAUUGAAGCUAUUGGUUAUUUAGGUCUGCGCGUUCGGUGCAGCGAUUUUUUUGACGAUAUCUUCUUCUUCUUGGUUAUGUUUUUCUUUCUCUGAAAAAAAAUGAUCCUUGAGUGUUGUUUGUGAUCAACACGUGAGGAGGAAAUUGGAUGCGGCUGGAAAGUGGGAGGUGGGAGGCCACGGUUUGAUUAUAUGAUGGAUGUCGAAACGUGAUAAAGGGAGAAGGAAGAGUACACGAACAAUGAUGAGGUUCUGUGGCCGGAGGCAUUGGAAAAGUCUGGUAGACCAAGGGUUUCCUCGAUCGCCGAUGUGCUCGGGAGGACUGGGCUGGGCAUUGGAUAUUAUUCGAGAUGUGACGCUGAAUGAAAGAGCAAAAGAUGUUCGUGACGACGAAUAUUUUAAUCCCAAAUCUUGACAGAAAUCAUACACUAGAUGGUGAUAAUGACGGUUUACUCAAGAUCGAAGCUUGGAUUAAGACGAAAUAGCGAUGCCGAAGAUGAUGACGAGGUGACUGUUUUCGCCUGGAUUCGGAGCUUGGGAGGGGGGAAAUGUUAACCUUAAAGAAAAAGGAGAAGGAGGAGAGUAGUAUGGACAGGAAGAAAAGGCACUGCAAGAAAGAAAUCUUCAACCGGC